AUGAGAGAAGAAGCAAAGUCCAAAACUGGUGGAGGAACUGCUCUUCAGAAAACAGUUAAAAUCACUGGAUUUUCUAAAAAUUCAGUGAUGAAAAUUGUGAUGGAAGGAAAGGAGUUGCCUGAGGGAUCUGAAUUCGAAACACUUGUCCUUCCAAGAUACACUGGAGAUCGCCAAGUUGUUUUAAAUGUUGAUAGCUUUGAUAGAGCUGCUAUCCGGAGGAAAAUUUGUCUUAUAAAGUCAAGGAAGCAGUACAUUAUUCUUGGCAAUCUCCUUCCUGAGAUAAAAGCUGAUUGCAAUUUUAAAGGAUCAAGAUCAUCCCUCCACCGCUUAUUACGGAGCAUGAACUAUAGGUUUAGGAAGGUCGUCAACAAGAGGAUCUACUACGAGCAGCCUCACAUCAUCAAACAACGCAAGGAAUAUUUGAUUAGAAUGCACAACAACCGUAGUGGAGAGAACAGGCCAGUCAUCUACCUUGAUGAAACAUGGAUGAAUGCUCAUGAUGGGAAGGAUAAACAAUGGGUACAACCAGACACACUAACUGGUGGUACAAGUGGUGGAGUUACUAAGCCAUACGGAAAGGGCAAGAGACUGAUCAUUCUUCAUGCAGGAUCGGAAAAUGACUGGGUACCAAAUGCAGAACUGGUAUUUCAGUCUGGGGGCACUUCAGAUGACUACCACAAGGAUAUGAAUCACCAGGAAUUCAAGCGAUGGUUCAAAGAUCAACUACUUCCCAAUAUUCCAGUGAACUCUAUAAUAGCAAUGGACAACGCAUCAUAUCAUUCAAGGAGAUUUGAACCACUGCCUACUUCAUCAUGGCGUAAAGGUGAUAUGAUCUCGUGGUUAGUAAACAAGAGCAUACCAUUUCCAGCUGGAUCUAACAAGAAGGCCCUUUACACCAUUAUAAAGCAACAUAAGAGUAAAUAUUUGCAGUAUGCUAUAGAUGAGAUGGCAAAGAGUGCUGGUCAUGAAGUGGUGCGGCUUCCAGUAGGACACUGUGAACUUAACCCUAUUGAAAUGGCAUGGUCCCAAGUUAAAGGAUAUGCUAAAAAACAUAAUACACAAUUCACACUUGAAGCAUUGGAGCCUCUUGUUAAAGAUGGUAUCGCACAAGUUACUCCAGAAAGAUGGCACAGUCUUGUUCAGCACGUACGUGAGAAGGUGGAGGAUCGAUACUACGAAGCAGACAGACUAUCGUAUGUAGUUACCGUACCUGACUUUUCAAUUCGAGUUGGUGACUCAUCAACUGAAUCAGAAUCCGAAUCAGAUGAUUCUGAGAAUGAAUUAAAUGACAGUGAAAGCGAAACCGAUAUUUCAGAUGAGGAGGAUGAAGAGCUGUGGGGAAACAGCCCACUUGCAAGUGUAGAGGGCUUGUGA